AUGGCUGGGAAAGUUAUGCAUGUUGUUCAAUACGACUCUUAUGGCAGCGGAGCCGCGGGAUUGAAGUAUGUGGAAGUUCCUGUGCCUACUCCGAAGAAGGACGAGGUCUUGCUAAAACUGGAGGCAACAAACACAAAUCCUAUUGACUGGAAAAUUCAGAAGGGCAUGCUUCGUCCACUUCUUCCUACCAAGUUUCCUUUUAUUCCUACUAUCGACGUGGGAGGAGAGGUUGUAGAGGUAGGAUCUAAUGUAAAAAGUUUCAAGGCCGGUGACAAGGUUGUGGCUAUGCUCAAUGCCCUGAAUGGAGGUGGAUUGGCUGAAUAUGCGGUGGCUAAUGAGAGUUUGACUGUUCCAAGACCUGCGGAAGUAUCAACUGCAGAAGGUGCAGGUCUUACAGCUCUUCAGGCCCUUGUCAAUCCUGCUGAGGUUAAGCUCGAUGGAAUUGGACCACGAAAGAACAUUUUAGUUACGGCUGCCUCGGGUGGUGUCGGUCACUAUGCUGUUCAAUUGGCAAAACUUGGUAACACCCAUGUUACUGCCACCUGUGGAGCGUGCAACAUUGAUUUUGUGAAGAGCUUAGGAGCAGAUGAGGUUCUUGAUUACAAGACCCCAGAGGGAGCAACGCUUAAGAGUCCAUCAGGCCCAAAAUAUGAUGCAGUGAUUCACUACACAAUAGGCAUCCCUUGGUCUACCUUUGAGCCUAAUUUAAGUUCUAGCGGAAAGGUCAUCGAUAUAACUCCUGGAGUUAGUGCCAUGUGGACCUUUGUAGUAAAGAAAUUGACCUUCUCAAAGAAGCAGUUGGUGCCACUGGUUUUAAUUCCCAAGAAGGAGAACCUGGAAUUGAUUGUUGGGCUUGUGAAGGAAGGGAAACUUAAAACAGUAAUUGACUCCAAAUUUCCUCUGAGCAAGGCUGAUGAUGCUUGGAUCAGGAGUAUUGAUGGACAUGCGACCGGAAAGAUUGUUGUGGAGCCACUACUUUAG